CAUAAUUGUUCCAAAUAGAGCACAGAACAUACAUAAAGCAAGUACGUAUUAGAAGAAGAAGCACUGAAGAAAGAAGAGCUCAGGAACAAUGGCCCACCUGACACUAAUUGCCAGAGCCAGUGAUGGACUACCUCUGUCCUCAUCCAUUGUCAAUGAAGAGUCUGGCCGGGAUUAUGCUGAAUACCAACCCAAGGCCAAGCAGAUAUUCCGCAAGCUGUCGUCAGUCAGCCCCCCUCGAUGCUUAAUCGAGUGUGACCCGGGUCGUAUGGUGUUCCACUACAUCCUUGAGGAGGGGAUAUGCUACCUCGCCCUGUGUGACCCCACCUAUCCUGCCAAGCUGGCCUUUAACUACCUCGAGAAUCUACACAAAGACUUCAGUGAGCAACAUGGCAACGAUGUACACAAGGCCAGUCGACCGUACCACUUCAUUGAGUUUGAUCUCAGUGACAAAGUGGGGAAGCUGGUCGACCACUCUUGUGCCAGAGGCUAAUGGCUGAUCAGCUAAUGCAGCAUGUGAGCAUCUCCUGGCUACUGUGGAUUGGUUCUUGACUGCUAGUUUAUGCUCUUGUCUAUUGGAGACAAUAUCUGCCAAGUUUCACCAGAGAUGUGUACAAGUAUGGUAAGCUGAGGAGUGAGAGUGGCUGGAGCUGGAUGAGCCCUAGUGUGCCCAAGACUCAAGGAGGUGGUUCACCCACUUCUACGUGUGGGGGGUGGUGUGGAACUACUCUGUAUUCCUCUACUAUACCAGCCACUGUCUACUGCACACACGACUACCGCUAUUGGGACCAACAGCACUGCUGCAUUUGAAUUCAGGUAUAGUCAUACCGUAUAGCGGGUAUUUUUCGGGGGACAAAAUAUUUGUUGUUCAGUAAUAUUGAGACAUUUCGUGGGUAAUAUUUUCGUGGUUGGAGCAGGUAACGGUAGGCAAAGUCGCUUCAUUCGUGGUUAGAGGUCCAACCACGAACACCACAAAUAUUUUGCCCCACGAAAAUUACCCACCUCUGUACGGUAUUCAGUCUAGUAAUAGUCCUAUUCGUUUAAGAACCUGGAAUUUUGAUUGCUAUUUGAACGCCCACUAACUACUUCCUGUAUAGCUUCCGCAGUAAAAUUGUGCUGAGCUGGCACACCCUUUUACAUUGUAAAAUCAAUGCGUUUUUGCAGCCUCUGCAUUCUGCAAUGCAUGCGCUAUUAUUCUAAAUAAAGGAAGUUUGUGAAAUAUUGAAGUAAGAGCUACACAAUGGUUUUUGUCCCAGAGAGUGUUUGUCAACUAUCAGUGAGCUAGCUGGUCUUGAAGAUACCACAACUCACCCCUUGCUGGUCUGAUUGUAGCCACUCUGUUGUUCCUCUGGGCCUACACAUAUCAGUACUGAUGUCACGUCAUCCUUGCACAACUCAGAGCAGUCAAGAACAAGCCACAGUACGGCGGCUGUCAUUGCCAAGCAGACUCAUGUUUGCAUAGACACAAGUUUGAGGACUAUCCAAACAAUAGACAAAUUGUUAUGACCAUUUGUUUAUUACUUGCUAAUAUAAUUUAUGCUAUGUACAUGCAGUACUGUGUGGUAUCAUUCAUAUUCUCCAAUCAAUAAUCUAUCAAAUUAAUGAUCGAAAAAUUGAAUUUGCAGUGAAUAAUAAUUGACGCUUCUUAUGCUAUUAUUUGUACAUGCAGUACAUGGUACAUUGAAUUAGUAUGACAUCAUUUAUUGUUCAAUCAAUAAACCUUCAAAUGAUCGAAAAAAUUAAUAUUAAAUUUGGACAAUAAUUCAGUAAUUUGCUAGCUAUACAGUUUUGUCCACUUUUCUCCUAGUGAGUGUUCUGGUUUCGUCUAUUUGUGCCUUGUGUAUCUGGAAGGAGGGCGUGACCCACUGCCCACACGAGCACUGAUCACCUGACCAGUUGAAUGACCCCACACGAGCCGAGCACUUGAGACACAGAAUCUGCCGCAUGUGUGUGUGUGUGUGUGUGUGUGA